AUGAUUGCGGCGCGCAAGGACGCCUUCAUGCUCGUCUACCCUGGUGCCUUUAACCUGACCACCGGGCCCAUGCACUGGUCGCUGUUGGCGCGCGCCCGUGCCGUGGACAACCAGCUGUAUGUAGCCCUGUGCAGCCCGGCGCGGGACAUGAAUGCUACGUACCACGCGUACGGCCACAGUCUGAUCGCGAACCCCAGCGCGGAGGUUCUCGCAGAGGCGGAGGACAAGGAGGAUAUUAUCUAUGCCGAUCUGGAUAACGAGACGAUCCAAAGCACGAGAAAGGGCAUUCCGGUCUACACUCAGCGACGAUUUGACCUGUACCCGGACGUGAGCGUGUCUGGCGCUCCCAGCUUGCGGCGAAGGGGGACGUGA